AUCAAAUUCAGUGUUGAGCUUUCUUGUUGAAUUAAUUAAUCUAAUUUCUUCAAAACACCUAAGAUUCAUGCCUAUAAAAAGAAAUGAAUUCAGGAUGGAUCAAAGAACGAUUCAACAAAUGUUAUUGAUGUUAUAUUUUAUGUUAAGUUAUAAUAGAGUUGAAGGGCAAAAAAAUCUAUCCAAAUUUGAGAAUGCGGAGUUAGAGAAACAACUAAAAAUUUUGAACAAAUCAGCCGUCAAAACAGUAAAGACUAAAUAUGGAGAUACAUACGACUGUGUAGAUUUUUACAAACAACGUGCAUUUGAUAAUCCGUUGUUGAAGGACCAUAAUUUUCAUCCUAAGAUGAAACCUACUUUAUCUACAAUCAAGAAAGUUUCAACCUUCUCAUCAACAACUAAUAGGUCAUGGACAAUAUGGUCAAAAGAUGGAGGAUGCCCUUUUGGAACUGUUCCCGUUAAGAGAAUGACAAAAGAUGAUCUUAUAAGAUUAACUCGUAUGCCUCCUCCAGAGGAUGUCACAUUCAACGCUGAAUAUGAUGUUAGCAACAACAAUAGUAGGUCAAAUGGAAGAUACAUAUCUUCACAAGAAUAUAAGAUUUACUAA